AGCUCACUUCCUCUUGCUUGCUCUCUCUGUCGACUCGCUGAUCAGAGACAUGGGUCGGAACAAGAACAAGGACAAGCGGUCGGCCGCACGGCAGCAGCAGCGCAAUGGAAGUGGACUGCACUUGGGAGGCGCUGCGCAGAAAAAGGAUGCAGGGCCGUCGGACUACUUCAAGCAUCGAAAGAGGCAGCAGCAGGACCUGAUCCGCCAGAUGCAGGCCGCCAAGCAGCGCGACGAUGACGGGGACCUGAAUAUGGAAGGGUCAGCGCAGGAGCAGGAGGAGCACGCUGCCGGCGGAUUGCACCCUUUUACAUUUGCGAUGGGCUCGUCGUCCGCGCUCGAUGCUGCUGCCACAGAUGACGCCUUGGCCACAGCCGCCGCUACAACCUCCACCACCAAGGGGACUGCGACGUCCUUUGAGAUGGAAAAGGCGGCGCGAGAUCUGGCUUUGACGGGCAAACGAGACAGCAGCGCAAAGGCAUUCAUGAAGGACAUGCGCAAUGUCGUCGACAAUGCCGACGUGCUCCUCCAGGUCCUCGACGCACGCGACCCGCUCGGCUCGCGCUCGCGCCAGACCGAGACCAUGGCGAUGGGCAUGGGAAAAAAGGUUGUCCUGAUCCUCAACAAGGUCGACCUUGUGCCCCGCGACAAUCUCGAAGGCUGGCUCAAGUAUCUCCGCCACGACUUUCCCACGCUUGCGUUCAAAGCGUCGACGCAGGCCCAGAGGAGCAACCUCAAGCAGGGCCGCGGCGAGGUGGUCACGGUUGGCGGUGGGAGCGGGUCCAUCACGUCGGGAACAGAGGCCAUCGGUGCGACGUCGCUGCUGUCGCUGCUCAAAAACUACGCGAGGACAUCGCGGGCGUCCAAGGGAAAGGACAUCAAGGCGCACCUGACCGUGGGCGUCGUGGGCCCGCCCAAUGUGGGCAAGAGCUCGCUGAUCAACUCGCUGCUUCGCACGAGAGCGUGCGCCGUUGCCGCCACACCCGGCUGGACAAAGUCAGUCCAGGGCGUGGCUUUGGAAAAGGGCAUCCGGCUGCUCGACUGUCCCGGUAUCGUCGUCGGUGGGCAGUUUGACGGUGCCGCCUCCUCGAAGGGAGAGGAGGCGUGGAAUGUGCUGCGAAACACGAUCAAGGUGGAGCUCAUCGAAGACCCCAUCGCCCCCAUUGGUGCAAUGCUCGACCGAGUCGACUCGCAGCAGCUCGUGGACCUGUACAAGAUCGAAGGUGGCUUCAACGAAGGCGACGCCCACGAUUUUCUCCUCCGCCUGGCCCUCGUUCGCGGCAAGCUCGGUCGCGGUGGCAUUCCCGACCUCGAGGGCGCGGCCCGCAUCGUGCUGCACGACUGGAACGUGGGCAAGAUUCGCUACUUUACAAAGGUGCCAGCAGUCCAUCGCUCAAUGAUGCAGACAAAGGUCGGCUCAACUGGUCCGGCAGCCGCAGUUGCAGCCGCAGAAGGGGCAGGAGGAACAGCACAGGAGGGCGACGAGGAAGCGAAUGGAGCCAGCCUCGUGAGCGGCUUUGGCGAGGCGUUUGACCUGGCUGCACUCCUGGGCGAAGCCGACGCCGAGCUGGUGGGAAUGGGGACGGGUUUGGGAGGCAAGGGACUCAAAGAUGCGCCAGAGAGACGGUUCGCCGUGGAUGAGGCUGAGGCCGAGGACGAGCAGGCCCAGGAGUCGAUCGUUGAAGAUGAUGAGGCUCCGAAGGAGAUGACACCGGGCGACACGAGCCUGGGGAAGAGGCAGAGGGGAGAGGAUGAUUCGGACAGCGACUUUGACGGCGACGACAUGGAAGAUGAGCUGGGGUCCGUGCUCGGGGACGACGAGGGCGCAGAUGCCGCGCAAGUGCCGCUGGUCAGCGUCGACAAUGACGACAACGCUCAGGCCAGAAAACGCAACGGACUACUGACCAAGGGACGAAGCGCAAAAGAGGCAGAGCUGGGCCAGAUGUUUUCCGAGGCCGAAAUGAGCGGCAUGGUCCUCGUUCGGCCUGCUGCGCAGCGCAAGCGCGAGCUGAAAAAGAAGAGGCGACGAGAAGAACGUAGUGGGGCCGGGCUCGUCGGUGUCUGGGAACAGGGCAUGGAGCUGGGUGCAGAUCGGGCCAAACUUGUGGAGCGAAAGGCGGAGACGGACUCGGACAACAAUAAGAGAAAGGGGGACCGACGAGGUCUGUUCGAUCUUCUGGUCCCUGACGAUGAGCAGCCACACGAGCAGCAGCAGCAGCAACAGCCUCCACAACCACAAACACCACAACAACAAGAUAACCAGGAAGACGAAGAAGAGCUCUAAGAGUUUCAAAAUGCUGUAUAUCUAUCAUUACUUCUAGACGAUUCACGAAUAAUAAGCAUAC